AUGGGUAGAUCUGUACUUUUUUCAGAGGUUCUUCUAUUCUGGGGAUGGCACCUUGUUAAAAUGUCCUUCUUAAAACGUAAACGGUUCAAGUUCAAUGUCGAUUUACAGCUUGUACAUCUCAGCGAUGUUCCACUCGUCAAUGCGGUUCUUUUUGCUAAGGUUCGGCUUCUAGAUGGAGGAACAUUCGAAGGAGUAACAGAGCCUGUAGAGGUAUUGAAUCACUCAGCAAACUGGAAUCGACAAUUCAGUUUCACGUGUCGUAUAGCCUCUGUUCCGGAAACUGGUGUUCUUGACAAAUGCGCUUGUAGAAUCUCACUUCGAAAGACCUAUAUGUCGAAUACAUCGAAAGACAACUUCAUGUCCGGAAUUUUCUCGUCUGGUGAAGGCAUUCAAGAAAAGCAAUGUUUCCCAGUUUCGUUCCAGGCAUUCAAGACAAAACUUGACCAUCAUGUUUCGUCUCUUCGUGAAAUUAUACCGAGACCUUUGGUCUGGUUGUUCUGCUUGAUGAUGACUAAAUCAGUUUUACUGCAGGAGCAAAAAGGUGGUAAAGCAUAUCAAAAGCUUGGUUUCGUUGAUAUAAAUUUAUCCGAGUUCGCGGCAUCGGGUACUGAAGGUAUUGAACGGUCGUAUCUACUCGAUGGUUAUGGAAUUAAUCAGCGGCAAGACAAUUCAAGGCUUCUAAUAAAAGUGACGAUGAGUCACCAGAGCGCAGAUCCACUAUUCAAGGUGCCUGGCAUUGGUGGUCUACAGUGUAGCGAGCAUUUACUUGAUCCAGCUGAUCGUAAAGCACCACGUGGGGAUUCAUCGUCUUCAAAAAAUCCUGGCAGCUGCAAGCAGCCACCGACUGCUGAUACGGAUUCCACCCACUCUUCAUCAAUCGAAGAUCUUUCGCACUAUCGAGAUGACUUAUGUUCAUGUUCGCUGCCAUCUGUGGCUAAUGCAGGAGCAACGGGAAUGCAAGAAAGCGGUUGUUAUCAGCGAAAUAACGGUGUAUCGGCUUUUAAUUCAUUACCGCUUAAUAGCAGUGGUAUUAUGCAAACAAAUGAUGUGAUGCGGCGAUCAGUUAUUACCACUAAUAUCCUUCAGUCGAGAAGACUUAGUCAGGAUAGAUCACAGAUGAGUAAAGGUGAUGAAUGUGUUGGUGGAUCAAAUAGGGUAAGUGCAACGAGGGUGGAUGCCGAGGAUCUCAUUAAUAAGAUGCUCGCCGAAACUGUGAUUGCAAAUAUUGAUGAUCAAGACGAGCAUAAUAGUGGUGGAGGUAGGAUAUGUCAUUUGGAUUUGUUCUUGGUAGGGAUUUCUAAACUUUUCUUCAAACGACAAAUUGUUGAAUUUAAAGGUUUGGAGCUGUUCGUUUCGAGGGACGGUGGUGAGGCAGUUGUAGCGGCGAAUGCCGUACUUUCAACCGAUUCAUUCGAACGUGUUCAUAUUGCAGAUGCAACGAAUACGACGCUGUCAACUGGCUAA